CACAAACAGACACACACCUUCGCUGAGCCACUACACCGGGAACCCUUCUCACGCACAGGACUGUCUGGUGCGCACUUGUCAUCACUGCUGAGGUGAUUGAAACUUGACCUGAAUUUCUGGCUGCGUGAGGAGCAACCUUUCCUGCAGGAGGCUUCAAAUCCAGCGCUGCCGGCUCGGAUCCCUCCUGUGCCAACCCAGAGAGGAGAUUUAGGGUUUGCGCUGCACUGGCGGGAGUCCAACUCCUGCAACCAGCUCUGCUCGGAAGUAACAGCGGAAUACGACGAAAGACAGAAAAGCCUCUGUUUACACAGACUCUGCCUCUUUUAUCCUCACCUCUGUUCCCUCGCUGUCCCGGCUGCUCAUUUUGCUGUCCUCAAGGGAGCUAUUUAUCUCCUAAACAUCACCCAUCAGCUCAUCUCGGCCCUCCCCCUGUCUUAUUCAUCUCAAAAUGAACUCCUCAACCUCCAUUACGUCCCUGUUCUCCUUCACCAGCCCGGCUGUGAAGCGCCUGCUCGGCUGGAAGCAAGGUGACGAGGAGGAGAAGUGGGCCGAAAAGGCCGUGGACUCACUGGUGAAGAAGCUGAAGAAGAAGAAGGGGGCGAUGGAGGAGUUGGAGAGGGCACUCAGCUGCCCCGGGCAGCCCAGCAAGUGUGUGACGAUCCCCCGCUCGCUGGACGGCAGGCUGCAGGUGUCCCACAGGAAGGGUCUGCCCCACGUCAUCUACUGCCGGGUGUGGCGCUGGCCCGACCUGCAGUCGCACCACGAGCUGAAGGCCCUGGAGUGCUGCGAGUUUGCCUUCGGCUCCAAGCAGAAGGACAUCUGCGUCAACCCCUACCACUACAGGCGCGUGGAGACUCCUGUGCUGCCACCGGUUCUGGUCCCACGCCACAGCGAGUUCAACCCUCAGCACAGUUUACUGGCCAAGUUCAGGAACGCCUCUCUGCACAGUGAGCCUCUGAUGCCCCAGAACGCCACUUACCCGGACUCCUUCCCGCCGAUGCCCUGCGCCCCCUUCUCCUCCUCCAACGCUUCCUCCCUCGUCCAGUCUCCCACCUCGCAGAGUUACCCCAACUCCCCCAACAGCUCCGCAGAGCCUGGCAGCCCGUAUCACAUCACGGCUGAGACUCCCCCGCCUCCGUACACCAUGAUGGAGACAAGUCCUCAAGACGAUGUGAAGUCCGGCAACUCCACAACAACCACUAAACUUACCUUUUCUGCUCCACACACAGAUUUGCGUCCCGUUUGCUACGAGGAGCCGGAGUACUGGUGUUCCAUAGCCUACUACGAGCUCAACAACCGGGUGGGCGAGACUUUCCACGCGUCAUCCCGUAGCGUUCUGGUCGACGGCUUCACGGACCCGUCCAACAACAAGAACCGCUUCUGCCUCGGCCUGCUGUCCAACGUCAACCGCAACUCCACCAUCGAACACACACGCAGGCACAUAGGCAAAGGGUUACACCUGUACUACGUGGGUGGCGAGGUGUACGCCGAGUGCCUGAGCGACAGCAGCAUCUUCGUCCAGAGCCGCAAUUGCAAUUUCCAGCACGGCUUCCACACCACCACCGUGUGCAAGAUCCCCAGCGGCUGCAGCCUUAAGAUCUUCAACAACCAGCUGUUCGCUCAGCUCCUGGCCCAGUCCGUCAACCACGGCUUCGAGGUCGUCUAUGAGCUCACCAAGAUGUGCACCAUUCGAAUGAGCUUUGUUAAGGGUUGGGGCGCUGAAUACCACCGUCAGGAUGUGACCAGCACCCCCUGCUGGAUCGAGGUACACCUGCACGGGCCCCUGCAGUGGCUGGACAAGGUCCUCACACAGAUGGGCUCCCCGCACAACCCCAUUUCCUCCGUGUCCUAACAUGAGCACCCGCACACUCUUGGUCCUUCACACAGGUAGUCGUAGAUUCUGUAUGCUCCGCUCUGUCCAGGUUUUCUGACCUGUGGUCCGUCUCUCUUGACCUCUCUCACAAAAUGAGAAAAAAUUAUAUUACAGCUUUGUCCGCCGAUGCAGCAAGACUGAAAAUAUAUAACUGAAUGAUCGAGGGUUCUUUAAUUUCAGUACGAUAAAGCAUUUAUCUUGAUGACUGCACUCAAAAACGAGAAAAAUUGGGAUUUGUAGGUACUCAAGACUUGUGUUAUGUGUUUUAAAUGUUAUUGCUGUUAUUGUAUUGUGUAAUGUAUAAGUGUUGCGUAAUGUUUGACUUCCUAUACUGGUUGCUUUUUUCUGUCAUUCCAUUAAAGUGUUUUUUUUUUUUUAUCUUUGUUUUCUAAUGAUAAAUGGACAAAAAUAUCAUGUUGAAAUAUAAACAGAGACAUUGAUCACCUUGA